AUGGUUAUCGAAGAUUCCAAAAGAACCCCAGGGUACCUAGUCAACUUUAACGAAGCCGACCUCAUCGAGAGAAAUAUGCGAGACGACGGGUUCUGGUACUGGGGUAUCGUGAUCUACCGAACCACUUAUACAAGCGAGUCGGACUGGGAAGAGUUCCUCCGCCGGUUCCUCGGCCAGGUCCGCGAGACACUAGAAUACUACGAAGGUCUCGACAUGUGGGAUUCGUUCCGUCCUACGGUGAUGGAUGAUAAGAGUCGGUUUGACGGAGCGACACCCGCUCAGAUACGAGACGCUUUUAAGGAGUGGGCGAUGACGGCCUGUGAGACGGAGCAAGGGGUGACGUAUGAGCGCGCAGAAUGGGCGUAUGGAGCCCGAUAUCGGCUUUGUAUCAUAGCUAACGAGGAAGCGGUACAGUCUGUGUUAGAGAUACCGGAGAAGCAAUUGAAUGAGUUAAAUACGACUGGGUUUGUGGUGAUGAUCAAUAGGCGGUGGGUGCCGGAGCUUGUUGAAUGGGAAGAAGAUGAUGAUGGGUACGAGCCAUUAUACGGGUGUACGCAGCAAGAUGUGGGCUGGAUGAAGGUUCACUAUGAUCGAGCGCAAAUUGUAGCCUCCACUACGAUGCGCAAUGGGUCGGAUUGGGGCCUUGAGUAUCGACGGCCACCGGCUAUUUGUUUUCAUUCUUGA